AUGGCCACGAAGACGAAUAUAGGAGGAUGGCUGCGGGGUACGACAGUACGAAAGGGUGGCUCGAAUUCAAAUCCGCGUUCUACGGCUGGUACGCCGGUAGUGCAAAGCACUUCCACAACGAUAUUUGGAGGAGGGGUGAAGGACCCAUCAGGUCGCGUCUCGGAAUUCUCAGUACACCGACUGUUUACACUGGGACCGGCACCCUGUCCGAUAUGCCAGAAAACCUUGAGGAAACUUGCGUUCACGCCACAGACAUUCGAGGACCUGCAGGUUGAAAAGGAGGUUGCUAUUAGAAGGCGUAUUGCUAAAGAAUUCAACAAGCGAAGGGAAGAUUUCCCAGACCUGCGAUCAUAUAAUGACUAUCUCGAAGAAGUCGAAGAUAUCACAUUUAACUUGAUAAACGGCACUGAAAUCGAACGUACUGAAGAACGAAUCGCCGAGCUGCGGCGCGCCUCCGCACAACUAACUUCAGCCAACGCCGCACGCGAGCUCGAAUAUGCUGCUUCGCUGCAAGCCGCGGAAGAAGCAGAGAAGCUCGCGCGGCAGCAACGCGCUCUUCAAGCUCAAAAGGAGGAAGAGGAAGAGCGCGAGGAGCGCGAACGCGAGCGGAUGAAGGUCAUCGAGCUGCUGGAGCGCAGUGAGAUGAGCGAGGAGCAGGUCAAGAAGGAGGUCGAGCGGUGGCGGCGCGAGCGGGAGAAGAAGCGCCUCGCGGAACAAAGGAGGCAACAACAAGCCGCAAAGACGCUCCGCAAUCGCGCGGCGGCGCAGAGCCAGAUGUUGCCCGACACCCCGCAUGUGCCGCUGCAGGACGACUACUACGCUUGGCAGGAUAAGUACACCAUGCUACCGACAUACAUCGAUCCGUCGCAUGGUGCCGUCAUGCAGGAUCGGGAGGGGAUUAUGAGGGCUGGCGGUUACAGGAUUGAGGAAGCGUGGGAGCGCGCCAUACGAUCCGCUGUUGCAGGCUUGGAUGUCAUGCCCAUUGAUGACGAAGAGGAUCAGUGGAACGGUACAUUAGGGGAAGGGGUCACGGUCGAAGGUGCGGGGAAUGUUGUCGCGGCAAGCGCUUGAAACACCAGCGGCCCAGGUCAGCAUAAGGUCUCCUCCUACUCACAUUGCCUAUUUUUUUUUUUUUGCGUCGUUCGCAUAGCUUUGUCGUCAUUGCACUAGUCGUCGCUGUCACCCAAAAGUACGCCGUAUCAGAGUUAUGUAUAUUAUGUGAUCCAUACUACUCAAUCAUGUACAACCUAGCACUACUUUAUAUUACUGUUAGGCCAGUAUUGUCC